GCUCUGAUGGGAGCGAGACUGCCCAGCAUGUCCAACGGCCUGCCAAAACUGACCACAGUGCUGCUGAGCCACAGGCAUAGGGCUCUGUUUAUCCUCACCAUUUCAUUCGUGUUCUUUGCCUCUGUCAUGUUCUACUGGAGAACUGGGCAGGACACUGAAGGCCAGCUCCACAGCUUGAUUACACAAAUCAGGCAUGAAGAGUUUUUGCCUUGCCAUUCACAUCUCACUGCCAGGGGGCCCCCUCCUUCCCCAGGGGACAUUUUUUUCGUGGAGACUUCAGACAAAACUGACCCCGGUUACCUGUUCAUGUGCUCUGUGGAGUCAACGGCUCGGAUGCACCCUGGGACAAAGGUCGUGGUGCUCAUGAAAGGCUUGGCAAACGGGAAUGCCUCGUUACCCAGCCACUUGGGCCUCUUGCUGAGAUGCUUCCCCAACAUGGAAAUCCGGCCCCUGGACUUGCUGGAGCUUUUCUCAGGGACGCCUCUGGCAAAGUGGUACUUGCAGUCUGAGCACCAGAAGGAACCUUAUUUCUUACCCGUCCUGUCUGACGCCUGCAGAAUUACCAUCAUGUGGAAAUUUGGUGGCAUCUACCUGGACACAGACUUCAUUGUGCUUAAGAACUUAAAGAACCUCACCAAUGUGCUUGGUAUUGAGUCUCAGAAUUUACUGAACGGGGCCUUUCUAUCCUUUAAACCCAAGCAUGAGUUCAUGGAACUUUGCAUGAAGGACUUUGUGGAGAACUACAAUGGCUGGAUAUGGGCGCACCAGGGCCCAGGACUCUUAACGCGUGUCUUCAAGAAGUGGUGCUCCAUCAGUAAUAUCCAGAACAACAUGAUGUGCAAAGGCAUGCAUGCUCUUUCCCCAGAAGCUGUUUAUCCUAUUCACUGGAGUAACUGGAAGAAGUUAUUUGAACCAAUCAGCUCCUCAAAGCUUCAGAAGCUCCUUAAGAACACCUACGCGGUGCACAUAUGGAACAAACUGAGCCACGGAGCAAGGCUAAACAUCACGUCCCAGGCUUUCCUGGCUCAGCUGUAUUCUCAGUUCUGCCCUGCCACAUAUAUGAAGAUGAAGAAGGACUCUGAAGAGCAGUCAAGGCCUGCAAUGUGA